AUGCUUUGGGACAUGGCAACAGCCACCUCGAGUCCAUACCUCGCCAGCAGCAGGAUUUUAUCCGGCCCAGUGCUCCACUCUGACCGGAGAGGCGGGGGCAUGCAGCCGGGCAGCCCCGCUGUCACCACGGUGUCUUCAGGUUACAGAGGGGACCCUUCGGUCAAGAUGGUUCAGAGUGACUUUAUGCAAGGCGCCAUGGUGGGGGGCAACGGGGGCCACAUGCUGAGCCAUGCCCACCAGUGGGUGACAUCGUUGCCUCACGCGGCAGCCGCAGCAGCCGCAGCCGCGGUUGCAGCAGCCGAGGCGGGCUCCCCGUGGCCCCCCAGCUCCCAGCCGCAGGACGUGAAGAGAAACAGGGAGGACCUCCACGCGGGCUCCGCUUUGCACCACAGGUCCCCGCAUCUGGGAGCGCAUCAGGCGCACGCGGGGAGCUGGGGGGGCUCCUCUGCCGCGCACAUCAGCAUCAGUGAGGGACAGCAGCACCAGCAGCAGUCUCUGAUUUACUCCCAGCCAGGAGGCUUCACUGUCAACGGCAUGCUCAGCUCGCACACCGGGCAGAGCCUCAUGCACGCGGGGCUGGUGCGCGGGGAAUCCCCGGAGCUGGACCACAGCAGCCACCAUCACCACCAUCACCAUCACAACCACCACGCGCACCACCACCAGCACCACGGCGUGAGCCACGAGCCGCACUCGGACGAGGACACCCCCACCUCCGACGACCUGGAGCAUUUCGCCAAACAGUUCAAGCAGCGCCGCAUCAAGCUGGGCUUCACGCAGGCGGACGUGGGUUUAGCUCUGGGUACGCUCUACGGGAACGUCUUCUCCCAGACCACCAUCUGCAGGUUCGAAGCGCUGCAGCUCAGCUUCAAGAACAUGUGCAAGCUCAAGCCUCUGCUCAACAAAUGGCUGGAGGAGGCCGACUCCACCACGGGGAGCCCCACCAGCAUCGACAAAAUCGCCACGCAGGGCCGGAAAAGGAAAAAGCGCACCUCCAUCGAGGUGAGCGUAAAAGGCGCGCUGGAGAGCCACUUCCUCAAGUGUCCCAAACCCUCCGCGCAGGAGAUCAACUCUCUGGCGGACACUCUGCAGCUGGAGAAGGAGGUGGUCCGGGUCUGGUUCUGUAACCGCAGGCAGAAGGAGAAGCGCAUGACGCCGCCUGGACUGCCGCGCACCCCGGAGGACGCGUACUCACAGGUGGGGAGCAUGGGGCCAGACACGCCGUCACCCUCCAUAGACUGCAAGAGGAUGUACAGCGACACGUGA